AUGGACAAGUCCCUCUUGCUGGAACUCCCCAUCCUGCUCUGCUGCUUUAGGGCAUUAUCUGGGUCACUUUCAAUGAGAAAUGAUGCAGUCGAUGAAAUAGUUGCCAUGAAAAACAAUUUUCCUGUGAUAGAAAUUGUUCAGUGUAGGAUGUGCCACCUCCAGUUCCCAGGAGAAAAGUGCUCUAGAGGAAGAGGAAUAUGCAUAGCAGCAACAGAAGAGGCCUGCGUGGCUGGAAGGAUGUUCAAAAGGGAUGGUACUCCCUGGUUAACCUUCAUGGGCUGCCUAAAGAACUGUGCUGAUGUGAAAGACAUAAGGUGGAGUGUCUAUUUGGUGAACUUCAGGUGCUGCAGGAGCUAUGACCUGUGCAAUGAAGACCUUUAGAAGUUAAUGGUUCUUCUGUGACUACAAUUUCUGGGUGAGGUUGUUGCCUCAGCCUCUUCACAAUGACUUUCUAAAAAAAAAUCACACACACACACAUAUACACACACACAUACACACACACACACACUACAGAAGAGGAUUGCAAACACAUGGCUCCAUCUUCUGCACA